AUGGAUCCCGCAAAGCUGACUGGCCAGGCUCUCCUUAGCCACACCAUCCAAACAACUCCCAUUAUCGACAAUCACGCCCAUCCACUGUUGGAUCUUGAGGCUAUUGGUCGUUAUCCCCUUCUAUCCAUCACUACAGAAGCUACCGGGGACGCGAUCCAUGCUUCGCUGACCAGUCUCGCCCACUUGCGCGCUGUCAAGCAAUUGGCCAAAGUGCUUCGAUGUGAGCCAAGCUGGGAGGCAGUGGUUAACGCCAUUGAGGCGAAACGCAUCGAAGAUUACGACGCGUGGGUUGGAGAGUGCCUCAGUGGUAUUGAAUCCGUGCUGGUUGAUGAUGGAUUGGAUGGCGAGAAUGAAGUCUAUCCUUACUCGUACUUCAGCGACCUCACUCGCAGCCCAGCAAAAAGAAUUGUUCGCAUUGAGAAGGUCGCAGCCGACAUUAUCAAUGAACAUCUAUUGGCGGAAGAUGCAGCUACGGUAACAGCUGAAAGUGCUCGCGUGACUUUUGAAAAGUCGUUGCAUGCGUUCGACAACAGCAUCAGGGAAGCCAUUGCCGACCCUGAAGUCGUCGGGUUCAAGUCAGUUAUAUGUUACCGCACUGGUCUUGCAAUCCCUAGAGAGCCGGAUGUUGCAGCUGCCCAAAAGGCCUUUGAGGGUAUUCACGGGGCUUACAUUCAGAGCACUGAAAAGGGAUUCACUCGCGUCAAUCAUCCUGGUCUGGACGAGUAUCUAGUUCACCGACUUGCGUGCCUCAUUAGGGACUCCGAGGGCUCCGGCAAGAAACCCAUUCAGUUCCACACUGGACUCGGCGACAACGACAUUACUCUGACCUCGGCGUCUCCGGCACAUUUACAAGACUUUAUCCGCCAAUAUCCCACUGUACCAAUCGUUCUAUUACACGCCAGCUAUCCCUUUGUUAGAGAGGCUGGGUAUUUGGCUUGCGUUUAUGCCAACGUGUAUGCGGAUAUUGGAGAGAUAUUCCCUUUUCUCAGUCGCGACGGUCAGGAGACUGCCCUUCGACAAAUCCUUGAGCUUUGCCCCUGGUCCAAGGUCCUUUGGAGCACUGACGGCCACUGGUUCCCCGAGACAUACCUUUUGGCAGUGCUGCAAGUGAAGGAAGUCUUGGAAAAGGUGUUGAGCGAGUAUGCCCGCAAAGGACAUAUGACCUGGCGAGAAGCCACUAAGCUUGUGAAAGAUAUUCUUUUCAAUAACUCGAACCAUGUCUAUCACCUUCAACUUCCAUUCAGCCCAGAUGAAGGGUUUUUGAACCCAAGAAGGCUCUCUGGAAGAAGCGACUUGGACAUCUUGGAAGCUUUCCUAGAUGGGAAAAAGCCGCCGCAGUACCUGCGCAUCUACUGGAACGAUAUGACAGCCACCCCACGAGUACGAGCUGUUCCCAUGCGGAAAGUUUUAUCGGUGAUGAAUGAGGAUGGUGAUUUUUUAUUGAGCAUAACGAAGGCAAGCCUAGGCUUGCUACAGAACGACAUGGUUGUUCCGGGGGCAUCUGGAACCGGAGAGUACCGCCUUCAUCCAGAUUUCACCUCGCUACAUGAAGGACCCCGAGAAGGCCACAUAAGCGUCUUCGGCGACUUUAGAGAACAAGAUGGCGCGGUUGUGCCCUUAUGCCCGCGAUCUCUUCUGCAACGGGUGGUUGAGAACAGUGCCCGUCUAGGUCUCACCUUCAGUAUCGGAUUCGAGAUUGAGCUCCUCCUACUGGAGCGAGUCAACAGCGGGCCCGAGAAAUACCGAACCCUGAACAACGACGGACAUGCGUGGUCUACCUCCCGUAUGAUGGACAACCCUGUCUUCAUCAAAGUCAUUGAAAGGGCUGUCGCUGAGUUGGAUGAAAGGGGCAUCUACAUCGAGCAGAUUCAUCCUGAAAGCGCUGCUGGCCAAUUCGAGGUCGUGCUUCCACACGUCCCGCCCUUGGAAGCAGUGGAUACACUUCUUUAUGUCCGUGACGUGAUAUCAAGCAUUGCUCAGGCUGAAGGGUACAGAAUGUCCCUGCACCCCAAGCCGUUCCCGACAUCUUGUGGCACUGCAGCUCAUAUGCAUAUGUCCAUUACCUCGCCCAACGGUUCCAAGCCGGAGACGUAUCAACCGUUUUACGCCGGCAUCCUGAAACACUUGCGCGCCAUAGCUGCCAUCACGUACAGCAACCCGGUCAGCUAUGAGCGUGUCCAAGAUGGUUGCUGGGCCGGUGGCCGAUGGGUAACCUGGGGCACGCAGAACAGAGAGACGCCUUUACGGAAGGUCGAGGACAGUCAUUGGGAGAUCAAAUGUUUGGACGGCAUCGCGAACCCAUACUUGGCGGUUGCUGCCCUCCUCGGUGCCGGAUCACAUGGAGUCCAGACCAACGAGAAGCUGGUCUGGGGUGACUGCGAGGUUGACCCCGCGACUUUGACGCAGAAUGACCGCAAGGAGCUUGGUGUAGAGCAAAUGCUUCCGUCCAGCCUACCAGAAGCUCUCAAAUCCUUGGCUGAGGAUGAGGUCCUGGUUGAGCUUCUUGGAGAAGAGUUGAUUGAACGAUAUACAACUGUGAAAGAGGAAGAGAUGAAGACACUGGAUUCGCUUAGCAAUGAGGAUAGGCGGCAGUGGAUUUUGGAGAGAUAUUGA